AAAAAACAGAAACUUCGGUCUAACAUAUAAACCAUAGGCAAGAGACAAAACUUCCACGGUCCUCAAACCCCAAAACCUACGUAAAGGACUUGACUUACCUGUUUUCAUCCUUCAUUUUCCCGGGAAACAAUCAGAAAACCCAGAGAUCACCCAGAACCCAUCAGUUUGAAUCCACUUUGGUGGCGUCUCCGGCGAUGGGUUUGGUCAACGAAAGGAGUUUGAGCGCCGUGCUCGCGGCGUUGACCGUCGUCUUCGUCGCCAUGGAUAGCCUCGGACACUGCAACGCGAGGUUUGUAGUCGAGAAAGGAAGUGUGAGCGUUUUGAAUCCGGAGGAGAUGAGGUCGAAGUACGACGGAUCGAUCGCGAAUUUCGGGUUGCCCGAUUACGGCGGGUUCUUGAUCGGGUCGGUGGUUUACCCGGAAUCCGGAACCGCUGGCUGCUCUGAGUUUCAUAAAACCUUCAAGGCGAAGUUUCCUCGUCCCACCAUUCUUCUCCUCGAUCGCGGAGAAUGCUACUUUGCCUUAAAGGCGUGGAACGCUCAGCUAGCGGGAGCUGCAGCUGUACUCGUCGCCGAUAACGUGGACGAGCCAUUGUUAACGAUGGAUUCUCCCGAGGAGAGCAACGUAGCCGACGAGUUCAUCGAGAGGAUCACGAUCCCGUCGGUUCUGAUCCAACAAUCCUUUGGAGAGAGCAUAAAACAAGGACUAAGACGAGGUAAAGAUGUAGUCUUGAAACUGGACUGGAGAGAAUCAGUGCCUCACCCUGACCAGAGAGUGGAAUACGAGCUCUGGACCAACAGCAACGACGAGUGUGGGGCCCGCUGCGACGAGCAGAUGACCUUUGUCAAGAAUUUCAAGGGUCACGCUCAGAUUCUCGAGAAGGGUGGCUACACGCUUUUCACGCCGCAUUACAUCACGUGGUUUUGCCCUCUGCCGUUUAUAAACAGCGCCCAGUGCAAGUCUCAGUGCAUAAACAACGGUAGGUACUGCGCUCCGGAUCCCGAGCAGGUUUUCGGGGAAGGGUAUGAAGGGAAAGACGUGGUUUUCGAGAAUCUGAGGCAGCUUUGUGUUCAUAGAGUGGCGAACGAGAGUAACCGGUCGUGGGUUUGGUGGGAUUAUGUCACUGAUUUCCAUAUCAGAUGUUCCAUGAAGGAGAAGAAAUAUAGCAAAGAUUGUGCUGAAAAUGUCAUGAAAUCUCUCAAUUUACCUAUUGACAAGAUCAAGAGAUGCAUUGGUGAUCCUGAAGCUGACACUGAGAACCAAGUUCUGAAAGCCGAGCAGGAACUUCAGGUUGGCCGAGGAGACCGUGGCGAUGUUACGAUAUUGCCAACGUUAGUCAUCAACGAUGCUCAAUAUCGAGGGAGGCUGGGGAGCACUGCUGUUCUAAAGGCAAUAUGCGCAGGAUUCAAUGAAACAUCAGAACCUGCUAUCUGUUUAAGCACAGAUUUGGAGACAAAUGAGUGUCUGGAGAACAAUGGUGGUUGUUGGCUUGAUGUUAAAUCUAACAUAACAGCUUGCAAGGACACGUUCAGAGGAAGAGUUUGCGAGUGCCCGGUCGUGAAAGGUGUGCAAUAUAAAGGCGACGGGUAUGAUUCAUGCUCGCCUUAUGGGCCAGCGAGGUGUACUAUAAACAACGGAGGUUGCUGGUCGGACACAAGGAACGGCUUGACUUUCUCUGCUUGCUCAGAGACUGACUCAACGGGCUGCAAAUGUCCCCAAGGGUUCCGAGGAGAUGGUCAUACAUGUGAAGACAUAAACGAAUGCAAGGAGCGUUCGGCUUGUCAGUGUAGUGGCUGCAAAUGCAAGAACAAAUGGGGCGGAUACGACUGCAAGUGCUCCGGGAACCGUCUCUACAUACACGAACAAGACACUUGUAUCGAGAGAGACGGGUCCAAAACAGCAUGGUGGUUAACACUACUGGUCCUGGCCAUCGUCACAGCAAUCGGUUUAGCCGGUUAUCUAUUCUACAAAUACCGGUUCAGGACAUACAUGGAUUCAGAGAUCAUGGCGAUCAUGUCGCAGUAUAUGCCGCUCGAUAGCCAACGUGCCCGAGAAGUUCAUACAGAGGCUGAACCCUUCCGACUGAACCCUUCAGUCUAACGUAUUAUACGUGCCGGUGCGAACGUGUCGGAUUCUGUGGGUCCCAUUUCUUGCACGACAGAAGAAGUUCUCGAUACGUUAAGAUACGGAUGUUGUCGUCAUUUGGUGUACAUAUGGUUCACUGUUUCGUGAAAGCUUUGUGUAGAGAUAAUAAGUACAUGUGAGGGGUUGUCUUUGGUUGGGGGUUAUACACAGUUUAGGCUUUGUAACUACAGAGUCAACGGCUUUGCUUCAACAAAAAAUAAUUUAAACAGUAAAAAGAAAAACAGAGCAGCUUCUUUCUU